CACACAGCCAAGCUUCAUGCUGAUGUGGUGCAGAAACUUUUUGUUGAGGAAUGAAAGCUUCAAAACAACAGCAAGUACAGCGCUGUAAUGUGUCUGGGGUGUGGUUGAAUGAGCUGGGAUCUGUGCUCAAUCUAUCAGCAGAUGGGCCCCGUCUCAGUGGUACUUUCCACUCCUCUGUGGAAUCUUCAUCUGGUGCAACAGGAGAGGGAAUUAUUGGCAAGGUGCUUGGAGUUGUGGGACAAAGUGAUCAGCCUACCUUCACAAUGUCUGUCAGCUGGGAAGGAGGUUCAGUCUCUACAUGGGCUGGUCAGUGCUUCUUGCGGUCACAUCACCCUGUUCUAAGGACCGUAUGGCUACUGCGAGCAGAGGCCUCUAGCGAGGACCAGAACUGGUCAGCCACCAGGAUUGGCGAAAACACCUUUCAUCCCAAGAAGCCGCAUCACCAGGAUCCGCUGCCUGAGUCAAAAUAAAAUACAAUUUCAAACUUGCAAAAUCUGUUUGUUCUCUUCACACACCCCAUACAUAUGUAGCUGUGGCAAACUAUACACCCUACUUAUAGGAUUUUAGCUAACGUGAAACCCAAACAUUUUCUUUCAAGAUUCAGGACCAUA